GGGGAGAGGCUGCAAGUGGAGGAAGAUUAUGGGGUCGUAAAAGAGGUCGGAAUUGUUAACUCGAAGGGGUUGUGCGGGAAUUACGGGGAUAAAGGAUCUGCGAGCAUAGCUUUGCAAGUUAUUGUAGGAGGGGCUGUAAGCUACAAUUCAACAUGGGAAGAUAGCAUGAAACCGCAUAAAGGUGUAGAAAAAAAUUGCACAAGGGAUGCACGGAAGCUGUCCCUCUAUCUCUUCUUUUUUAUAACAUUAAUUGUUGUAUCAUGCACCCGCCUCUCUUUCCCAUCCAAAGCCUCGAGAUCCAGCCUAUAUCCACCAAGGUCAUGCAAAUCCACCCUCGGCUCCUCCGCCUCUAUUGUCGAUAACCUUGAAUUGUUAAGUGAACAAUGGUACCCAAUCACUACCGGUCAUGGACUCUUUGAAGAACCAAGGAGUUUCCCUUACAGCGUGAAGCAACAAUGCUGGGAAAAGGCAAAGAAGGGUGGUAAUAGGCUUUGGGCCUUCCCUAGUGCACAAAAGGCAAUAUCUCACGGAGUCCAACCAUUCUUCAAAGCAUUAAUUAGGCUUCCGUUUUGGGAUAACUGA